CGCACGCCGUCCAGGUGGCAGCACUGCCCUCCGAGCGAUUCGACCUCUCGCGCAGUAGUUCGAUCUGCUGGCCCAGCUGGUUAGGCCAAACAAACGCACGACACCACCGCUGAUUAACCAGAGAUAAUUAGCGUCAAACCGCGACCUGCAUGUCCGCCCAGACCUGAUGGACUCCUCGAGCGACGACGACGACGUGUCCGGCGGGGACGGAGGCGAGCGUCCGGCCAAGAAGGCACGCGUGGGCGACGGACGGGCCGCCGAGGUCGGUUCGAGCGAGGAGCUCAAGUGCUGGCAGACCGAGCAGCUGGCGCGCGGCAUCCUGGACAACACCCUGAACCGGAUGCUGGAGCACUCAGGCCAGGCGCCGGACAACCCGGUCAACGAAGUGGCCGUCGAGCACGAGGCGGUGCUGAUGGCCAUCCAGAGCCACGGUUUGCAGCGCUUCCAGCAGCCAGUCGAGCGCGAGCCGAGCCCGCCGCCGCUGGCCUACCCCUCAAGUUCCUCCUCCAGUGGUGAUAAUACAGUUUUCGGUCGGCUCGAGCACGACUCGUUUUUGGACGCGGCCGUCGCGGUGGCCAUUCAAAAAAAGGGCCUCAGUGUCUUCACCUCGGCCAACAGUGUUUGACCGACAGGCUGCACUUUUUCUUCUGGCUGCAUUAAAGGGGCAGCGAACUUUUUAAAAUAUCAAUCUUAUUGUGAAGAUUCGAAUUGAUCUUUUUGCAAAAAAUCCAAUUUUAUUCAAGAAAAUAUUGUAAAAUUUCUAAAAAUGUCAAAUUGUUAGGAUAUUUAUUUGCAAAUUGCAGAAAGGUCUAUCGGGAUCUGAAUAGCAAAAUUUUUAUUUUCAAACCCUUGCUGUGCCCUUUAAGAAAAUUGAAUAAAAUUUAUACACAAAGUCCAGCAGAAUUUGCCACUUUGAGAUUGGUGCGCGUUGUUGUAAGAAAGAAAGAUACUGAUUUGAGGGCGAUUAAAAAUCGAAACCUUUACAUACCAUAAGUCUUGAGAAAUAUUUUAAAUAGUUUGAAUUUUUUCAAAUUUUAAAUAUCUUUUUGGUUCUAGAAUCGCCCCUGAUUGAUGUUUGUAUUUAAAAGAAAAAAAAACUACUAUUACUAUUUCUAGAGUGCCAUGCAGCUCUUCUUGUAUAAAAAAACUCCAUGUCUGUAAACUGAUCAUUCAUGAUUUUUACUUCAAACUUAUAUACACGGUCACAGCCGACGGAUUUGUAUGGGCAUUUUAAAUGCGCCUCCAUAUCGAAUCCGAGUUGGCGUGCAAUUUUGCAUUUAUCCAAUUUACUACCUAUAUCAAUAUAAUCGCAGAAUAGAGAGAAAAUUGCAGCUCCUUUUUAAAUAGCUCUGGUGUGUGUGGUACAGGCCUUUUAGCUGACUUUUCCAGGCGCAACAUUUCAAAAGUCUUAUUAUAAUGAAUGAUUGUGAUCUGUAUUUAGUUUUAGGAAAAAUAUGUUGGUGUAUUUAAAUUGGAGUCGAAAUUAUUUAUUAUUUAUUUUCGUGAGUGCUUUGUGCCUGGUCUUAUUUAGUUUAAGACUCGAUGAAAAAAGACAAAAAGCCUGAAAUUGGCGUCAGAGGGUUACCUGAUUUUUUGCCUACCACUGCCAAGGAGCCUAAACUGCUAACCUCAUCGUCAGCUCCUUUCCUUGCACCUGCAGGGGCGACACCAAGGUUAAUUAGUAAUUCCCUACAAAUUUGUAUUACCUUUUUGUGUGACUUAUUACAAUUAUUACCGCUACAAUUAGCAAAUAUAUAUAAAUGUGUUAUCAAGUUGCAAUUUAUUAUUUUUUAACAUGUGAAAAAUUGAUGUAAAGAAAGACCACGUGUUCUUUUGUAAAUAAAAUAUCCAUUGAGUGUCCUACAGCUAAAUGGUAACGUUAGCAACAAA